CCCGGCAUUCUGUAUUAUUUGGCUCUCGUGUGCGUGUUUUUUUUUCUAUUCAAAGAAUUUUUAUUACAUUUUAACUGUCAUUGCUGCUUGGAUAAGAGGAAUAAUAAUAAUAAACAACAACAAAUUCGCUUUAAUCGAAAUAAAUUAGUGAAAUUGAUUUUUCGCUGGAUAGUUAACCGACGAACUUGAACAGUGAAAGUGUAAACUGAUGUAACACACAUGUGUGUAAACGACCUCUGAAUGCAGAACCCCAUUAAUUAUCAUUUUAAACUCUUAAUGGUGAUUGCAUAUAUGAGCUGAGCGUGUAUACAUGCAAUGUAGGUUACAACAUCUUGCAAAACAACAAAUUUUAUAAUGAAAUGCACAUCCAAUUUUGGUGUGUAAAUUGUUGAGAACAUGAACGAUAACGUUCAGUUUUAUUUUGUCUUAUCAGCAUCUGUAACCGAAUACUUUCUGUGUGUUUAACUAAGUACAAUUGAAUGUGAUACAAAUGAACACUGAAAACGCUGAUAACGUGAAACCAGACUUCGUUUGUUUAAUUUUGGAAUUAUGGUCGUUGGAACAAUAGAAAGUGUUUUUUCCAUUGCUUGUGUCGUCACAUUGUGAUCAGUUUCUGUAAAUCGAAGUUUUACAUCGAAUAUUCCAACCGAAACCAAUAGAAAGGGGUCGAACAUCGUCAGCAGAAUGAAGUUCAAAAUUGACAAGGAAAUGCUGCCGAUGAAGGCACAUUACUUUUUCUUCAACGCCGGCACGUCGACAGUGGUUCCAUUUAUGCCAACACUCAUACGUCAGCUGGGAUUUUCCUCAUUUAUUGUUGGUACAAUUUACACAAUACUACCGGUUGUUGGACUGCUGGCAAAGCCAAUUUUCGGUGCUAUAGCCGAUCGAUUUCAAUUGCAACGGAUGCUGUUUCUGUUCUUUCUGAUAUUGACGGCGGUCACAUUUUUCGCCAUCAACUUCCUGCCAGAACUGAAUCAUAAGGCUUCGGUGGAACUUCAUUGCCAUAGCAGCAUCAGCGAACUGCGAUACUGCGGAUCGGUAGAAGAUUGCGUAUUGAAUGACCUGGUCAGAGAGCAUCCAGACAAUGGAACCGAUUUGUUAUUCAAUUGCGAUUUCACAUGCCAAGUGCCGGACAAGUGGAUGUUGGACUACAUUUGUGAUAAGUGGCAAAACAACGUAGACUGUGAUAGUAACCGUAGGGAAUUUAACAUGCACACGACGAACAGCUUGAAUAGUAUCGAGAAUAUUGGGAGCUGCCUGUUCUUCGGAGUGAAAAAAGCCGAGAUGGUUGUGGGAGACGUAAGCCAUAACAUAUCGUGUCCAACCCAGCUGAACGACACAGCAUACUUUAAAGUGGAAUGCGAGGGCAGCUGCAACAACGAGUUCACAAUGAAGGCAAUAACCGAAACGAAAAUCAACAACAGCAACGUCGUGAAUAUGCUGGAAUUUUGGCUGCUUUUGCUAUUUCUGGCUCUGAGUUGGGCCGGAAUGGCCGUCGUUGUGAGCGUAGGCGAUGCCAUUUGUUUUUCGAUGUUGGGUGAACGAAGUCAUUUGUAUGGCAAUCAACGCCUUUGGGGAUCGGUCGGUUGGGGUGUCUUUUCAGUCAUUGCUGGAUUAUUGGUGGACAGGUUCUCCGGUAGUGAAAUCAAUAAGAAUUACAGCGUCGUGUUCUACAUGGUGGUGAUUCUAUUGGCAUUUGAUUUCUGGUUCUCGUUGAAAAUUAAAAAUGUCCAAACGCAACGAUCACCGAACAUAAUGAAAGAUGUGGGAGUUCUGUUCCUGUCGCCGCCGGUUCUCACCUUUUUCAUUUGGUGCAUUGUCAUCGGAUUGUGCACGGCAUUGAUAUGGAACUUCCUGUUUUGGCAUCUGGAGAAUCUGGCCGAUCAGGAAUGCAAUCAAACGUCAUGGAUGAAAACGUUGCAAGGUCUCGCAAUGGCCAUCCAAUGUUUCGGCGGCGAAUUGCCGUUCUUCUUUCUGUCCGGUUGGAUAUUGAGGAAAAUCGGUCACAUUCAUGCAAUGAGCCUGGUACUGAUCGGUUUCGGUGUUCGUUUCCUCCUCUACUCAGUAUUAUCGAACCCGUGGUGGGUUUUGCCGAUCGAACUGCUGAAUGGUGUCACAUUCGGACUGUUCUACUCGACGAUGACAUCGUACGCUAGUAUUGUCGCUCCUACUGGUACAGAAGCCACGUUACAGGGUUUGGUCGGUGCCAUAUUCGAAGGCGUUGGUGUAUCGACUGGCAGCUUUAUCGGCGGCAUAAUGUUCGAAAGAGUCGGUGGCAGCAGUACGUUCCGGAUCUAUGGCAUUGCGGUGCUGAUAUUUUGUGUGGUUCACAUCGGUCUGCAGAAAUUGCUGCAACGAUCGAGAUGGAACGUUUUGAAAGCAAGCGCAACAACGGCAACACUUCUACAGUCUGAGAAACCGGACGAAGGUUCACGCAGUGCGUCUGCCUACUACAAAACGCCAACCGAUGCGUUGAGUAUGUUGGAAGAUGAAGAUCAUAUGCCAGACAAUACGUAGGGAUUGUACUUCUUUUCGUGUUUCUAUAUCUGACCCCAGGUACACUGGGAAUUCAGCUCACAUUUAGUUUUGUAAGUUUAUAGUGACUUAGUGACGGAGAUAUUGUUGUCGGUGUUUUCCUUGUGUGUUAUGCCACCAAAAACAAAUCAAUCGUUUCGUUGACUAGACCAAUUGAUUUCUCUAACGUCAGUUUGGUUAUAGACUGAAUAUGUUCGACUAAAAUGGAAUGAUCGUACUUCAGUGUAGUGAAUGAAAUUGGUAUCUAAUCCGUGAACUUUCAUGUCGAUAAUUUCCACGAUUAGUUCUCGAAGCGAUAGUCUUUCUCAUAAUUAUAGAGACUUCGUGACUUUAAAGGCUGCACGAUUUGAAACUCAACUCGGUGAGGC